GGGGAAGGUUCACAUUCAUGAGUGCGAAAUUUUUGCUUUUAAGAUGAGAACACGGUGAUAAACAUAAACAAAUCAUCUUUAUACGUACAAUGAAAUAGCCCACUAUGACGACUCUUCUACUUUUUCUUCUUCGUCGUCUCCACCAGCCCACCAAUAAAACUUUUUCUUCUUCUCUUAAUUUUCCAUUUUCUCUCCACUCUGAAAUAUCAAUUCUUCUUCUUUCACUCUGUUUUUCCAAUUUCAAGGUAUUCCUGGUGAAGGUUAACAUUUAAUUUACUCAUCAAGAGGCACAGUCAAUUGAUUUAGAAUCUUUGUCCCACAAAUUGACAUGAGUUGUUGCUGCUUUGGUGCCCAGAAAAAGGGUGGUGAUCUUGUUCAUCAUGAUACAAGAGAUACAAGAGGUGACUCGAUUGCAAGCACAAAGAAUUUUUCAUUUAAUGAAUUAAGAUUAGCAACCAACAACUUCCAUCAAACUAAUAAAAUAGGGCGAGGCGGUUUUGGCACAGUAUACAAGGGAACUUUGAAAAAAGGAAAAGAAAUUGCUGUGAAGACACUUGCAGCAGAAUCAAGGCAGGGUUUGCGGGAGUUUUUGACAGAAAUUGAGACAAUAUCAAAUGUCAAACAUCCAAAUCUAGUUGAGAUAAUUGGAUGCUGUGCUGACGGAAAUAACCGGAUUUUGGUCUACGAAUAUUUGGAAAAUAGAAGCCUUGAUGGAGCACUGUUUGGUUCAAGGACAAGUAUUAAGUUAGAAUGGGACAAAAGGGCUACUAUUUGCUUGGGUACCGCUCAAGGUCUUGCAUAUCUACAUGAAGAACUAGUGCCACAUAUAGUGCACAGGGACAUAAAAGCUAGUAAUAUUCUGCUUGACAAGUAUUAUACACCAAAAAUUGGAGAUUUUGGGCUUGCCAAACUUUUCCCAGAUAACGUCACUCAUAUCAGCACAAAGAUAGCAGGAACAACUGGUUAUCUGGCACCCGAAUAUGUAUUAGGCGGACAAUUAACGAUGAAGGCUGAUGUUUACAGUUAUGGGGUCCUAAUACUGGAAACAGUAAGUGGCAAGAGCAGCAGCAGCAGUAUUUGGCUAGGCGAUAAGAAGUCACUGCUUGAAUGGACCUGGCGGCUCUAUCAAGAGGAAAAGCUAUUGGAGUUGGUGGAUGAACAACUAGAUGAUUUCCCGGAAAAAGAAGUCGUCAGGUACAUCAAGACAGCUCUCUUUUGCACACAAGCAAAUGCAAACAGAAGACCAAUGAUGAGCCAGGUUAUUGAAAUGCUUUCAAGAGAUAUCCUGCUAAAUGAGAAAGAACUUACACCACCUGGUUUCUUCGAAGGUUCUGAUGAAAGCAUGCAAUCAAAAUUGAAGUUGUCUGAAUGCAAUACUAGUCAACAAAGUUCUGUACCCAUCACAAUCACUCAGGUGACCCCUAGAUAAUCAUCCUUAACGAUUGGCACUUGAAUCAUUCUUCCUGGUUCAUUGUUUGCAAGCUUAAGGUGAUUUUUGCUUGAGAUUUUCUAGGAUUGAGUUUGCAAACUUGUUUAUUUUGGAUUUUUCACAAAAAAAAAGGAUAACUUUUUUGUUGAAGAUUUCCAAAAAGUCAAAAACUAGUUUUUGGAGUUGUUGAAAUAUUUGGAAAGCUGAGUGUGAAAUCUGCAUAGAAAAAAUUAAACCAUUUUACAAAUGUAGUUCAGACACUUCUUUACAUGAAUCAAGCGUCGAGUUUGCCAACUCAAAUUUUAGAAAAAAUUUCAAACGAACGUCAUCUAAGUUUACAGAAGAUUGACAUUGCAGAAGCAUUAGUGAUAAAGGAAGAUAUUGUCAAAGUUCCUUGACAAAAUUCCAGCAAUUCAUGUGUGUUAUUUUUGCAACCACAUUUUUUUGGUCCUGUCUUUUACCUUAUUGUUUUCUCUCUGACAGGUACUAUAGGUGAUUAUGAUUGUAUUUAUUGAACCGAUAACUUACAUUAUAUAGUUUCUGAUGUUUAAAUUUUAGAAAGAGAAAUUCAAAAAUAAAUUAAUGGAUGUAAUUAUGGAGAGAUUUGUGGAGUGAAAAAAGGAAAAUAUGGGUAUUAAAUUUUGAAUUGAUGUAUAGGGGAUGAUUGGAGCAAAAGAGGGUAUUUUCGAUAUUUUAUGAAAAGGUAGAGAAAAUAA